CAUCCCCGCCUCCCCGCAGCUCAAGUUCAAAGUUCAAAGUCCACGGGGCUACAGAGGGGGACGAUCGUGGAGCGGUGACAAGCCCCCAACAGCGGGGACUUUGGGGACGCCAGCACAGCGGUGACAGCGGGCACAGCGGCCCAGGCGCUGUGCCCGCAGGGUCCCCUUGUGGACGCGGCCCCUCCAUCACCCCCUGACGGCCCCGGUCCCCGUCCCCAGCCAUGUCCCUGUCCAGCCUCUCGGACCCGGACAGCCCCGGGGCUCAGCGCUGCCCCGGUGUCACCGACGUCCCCGAGGAGCCGAAGGUGUGCGCCGUGUGCGGGGACCGCGCCACCGGGUACCACUUCCAUGUGAUGAGCUGCGAAGGGUGCAAAGGGUUCUUCAGGCGCUCCAUCCUUAAGGCUGUGCACUUCACCUGCCCCUUCUCCCGGAGCUGCCCCAUAACCAAGGCCAAGCGCCGGCAGUGCCAGGCGUGCCGCCUCCAGAAGUGCCUCGACGUGGGGAUGAGGAAGGACAUGAUCAUGUCAGAGGAGGCCGUGGGCCGACGCCGGGCGCUGCGGUUGCAGCGGAGGUUGGCACAGAUGCAGCCCGGGGGGCUGACGGAGGAGCAGCAGGAGCUCAUCAGCAUCCUCAUCGCCGCACACAAACGCACCUUCGAUUCCAGCUUCUCCCAGUUCCAGCACUACCGGCCUGCUGUGCGUCUCUGCAUCCCCGACCUGCACUCCCAGAGCCCCCCCAGACCGGGCGUCCCUUCGGCACCCCUGGUCACAGUUGAACUGCCUGAUGAGGAUGUUCUGCCCGACGUCUUCUCCGUCCUGCCCCACUUUGCCGACCUCAGCACCUUCAUGAUCCAGCAGGUCAUCAGGUUUGCCAAGGAGAUCCCAGCGUUCAGAGGGCUGCCCAUCGAUGACCAGAUCUCGCUGCUCAAAGGAGCCACGCUGGGCAUCUGCCAGAUCCAGUUCAACACAGUGUUCAACGAGGAAACCAACGCCUGGGAGUGCGGGCAGCACUGCUUCACCAUCGAGGAUGGAGCUCUGGCCGGCUUCCAGCAGAUCUACCUGGAGCCGCUGCUCAAAUUCCACAUCAGCCUGAAGAAGCUGCGGCUGCACGAGGCUGAGUACGUCCUGCUGCUGGCCAUGCUGCUCUUCUCGCCAGACCACGCCAGCGUCACCCAGCGGGAUUUCAUUGACCAGCUGCAGGAGAAGGUGGCCCUCACGCUCAAGAGCUACAUCGACCACCAGCACCCCAUGCCCGAGGGCAGGUUCCUCUACGCCAAGCUGCUGCUGCUGCUGACGGAGCUGCAGACCCUGAAGAUGGAGAACACGCGGCAGAUCCUCCACAUCCAGGACCUCUCCAGCAUGACGCCGCUGCUCUCCGAAAUCAUCAGCUGAAGCCCAGCCAGGCGCUCAGCCCCCCGUCCCCAUGAAGGGGCUCCUGCGCUUUGCAGGGCACAGUAAAGCUCUUUUCUCUUUCCUGCCUCUGUGCUCUUUAGAGCCGCUCUCAACACAGCUGUGCUCUGAUCCCCUGCCUCCGAACGUCUUUUGGGUCCCUUCCCAUUCCAUCACUUUUGAUGCUGUGAACCCAAAAAACCCCAUGGUUCCACAGUUCUGUAUUUCCUGAGAUCCCUUCCAACCCAACCACAUCCCAGAAGCCCCCCCAGCAUCGAUAAUGGGCAGAGGAGCGCCCAAAGGUGCACCCUAAAACCCUGCAGGGUCACUGGGGCCGUCCAAGGCUGCACCCCAAGGCCCCCACCCAGGGCAGGGAGCGCCCCAUGCCCCAAAGCUGCGCCCCCAAGCCCUUAUGGGGCACUCAGAACGCCCAGAAACCCCAAUGGGAGGAGUGGGGGUCUCCCAAAAGUGGGAGACCACUCCCAAAACCCCAAACCCCUGGGGGGACACCAUGGACACCCAAAGGAGAGCAGCCUGGCUUUGUCCCCCCCCUUCCCAUCCCCGAGUCCCACCCCGUCCAUGA